AUGUCCUCAUCGAAUAACAAUAGCAAAACAAUACGUUUCUUUUCGGAUACCAAUUCGAAUACACUUAUCAGAAACUCACCAUCCAACAAUACAAACUUAAAGGACAACUCUAAUCCCAUCCUCUCCAUCACCACCACCACAACUCCCAACAACAACAAAUCCACCACUCAAUCUCCUCACCAUUUAGACUUUCAACUUUCUCCAAGUACUUUACAAAACACUCGCAAAUUCUCCCUCAACAAGGAUAUAUUAAUUUCCAUGAUCAAUAAUUCAUCUACAUCUGCUACAUCUCCAUCCUCUUCAUCUAUAAAUUCUCCUUCAUCAUCUUCAUCAUCAUCACAACAAUUAAAUAAUAAUUUUUCAUCAUCAAAUAAUUUAUUCAAUUCCGUUGAUCCGGAUUCGAGGAGGCGGAGUAGUGGCGGAGAAAAUAUUAAUAUCGGUAGUGGUAAUGGUAGUGGUAAUAAUAAUGCGAGUGUUAAUAGUUUGGGAGGUGCAGGGAAUAAUUCAGUUCUCUUUUUGAAUUUGGACGAAAGAUUGGCCAUGCAAACACAGAAUGAAUUGAAUUCUUCGAGACCGAUCAAUCAUCAGAGGAAUAGACAUAAGGGAUCUGGUGGUAUUUCUGAAUAUUCAUUUACGGUGGAUGAUUUGAUAUUGCCAAAUAGUGAUAUAUCAUCACCUAGAUUGGCAAUUUCAAGUAAUUUAAAUUCGAAUAUUGUUUCUUCUAAUGUUUCGAAUGCGAAGAGUCCAACUCCUCAUUCAAAAUCAAAUUCAACGACUACAGCUACCUUUGUACCAUAUAUUUCUCCUUUAAAUACUUCGAAUAGUUUGGAAAGUAAUGAAUUGGGAACUACAGAAUUUGUCAAUUUGGAUCUCACUUCAAUUUUACCUCAUGGAAAAUUAUUGAGAUUCUUCCUUGUGAAUAAUCAGGACUAUUUCACAGACACUGUCCAAUUGAGAAAACACAGCCCCGUCAUUGCUCAGGAAAUUGAUUUCCAGCAACGAUUGAAUGAAUUUGAAAAUCAAAACACUGGAUUCUUUUCAGAUAUUUCCAUUAGAUUUGUACCGAGUGGAAGAGAGAUUCGUGCCCAUAAAUUCAUUCUCUCCAUGUAUAGUCCCGUGUUGGCUACACUGUUUAGUUCGAGAUGGAAGGAAACUCAUGAUAAUGUCAUUGAGGUUUUGACUGAAGUUAGUAAUCAGAGUGGUGGUGGUGUAAAUUUUGAGGAGGUUGACGAUGAGCAAUUAUUUGUGGAAAUGAUUCUCUGCAUGUAUAGUGGUCAGAUUUAUCAAGUGGAGCAACAUUUAAUUGUUCCAUUGUUGGAGUUAUCUGACAAGUAUCAAUUUACAGAAUUGUCGAGAGCUUGUGAGGAGUAUUUGAGAGUUCACUUGAAUGAACACAAUUGCAUUUCAUUGCUCUAUCUUGCCAAUGGAAUUUCCAUUGAGAAUACUCUUCAAUCCUCUGCAAAUACGAGACUUUCCAUUUCAUCAACAACUGGAAGCAAGUAUUCAAAGGGAAAGUUUGAUCGAUUGAAAGAGAGAGCACUCGCCUACAUUGAUACACAUUUCGAGUUGGUUUCCAAGACCAAGGCAUUCCUCUUUUUAGAUGUUAACAUGUUGAUUUUCCUCCUUAAUCGUGGUGAGCUCAGAGUUGAUUCUGAGGAUGUCAUUCUCAGUGCCAUUUUAAAUUGGUGUGAUGGUGAUCUGUGCAAUAGGAGAGAACUCUUAUUCUCAACUCUAUUGGAACAUGUUCGAUUGUACCACCUCUCUCCCAAUCGAUUGGCUCAUUUGGGUGAAGUAUUGGAAAGGUACACUGGAACAUUGGAGAAUUCCUCUCUCAUGAUGCCAUGGAUGAAUAGAAUCAUGCAAGCCAUGUCCUAUCAAAUGUCUCACACUCUCGGUUUCCAACUCUCUCAGAGUAUGCAACAGAAAAUUGCACUCGAAUGUCCUCCAAGAAAGAGAGCUACUCAAGAUAUUACAAGAAUUUCAAAUUUAUUAUCACAGGAGCAAUUUUUACAAAUUGCAGAGUGGAUUAAUGAGCAAGGAAAGCAAGGAUUGAUGAAGGAUGUUUCUGAAAGGUUUGUUUCCAUUUUCCCACUCUAA